GGAAAUCGUGAAAGGGAAACUAUAGAUAUAUUAGGUAUUUCGAUGUCAGCAUAAUAAUGUAGUCAACGAAACACUUCAAGUCUCAUUUCAACCUCAUCCUGUUUGCACAAUCAAUUACUUUCCACCUACCGAAGAAGAGCUCAAGUGUAGGACCAAUUUGUACAAUCAUGGGCAAUUCACAAUCCGCAGCAAGGGUAGUGGCACCCUUAUCCUUCCUAUAUGACUUUUCUGCACAGCAAUAUGGCAUGUUCUCGAAGCCGAACAUGCUGGAUGUGCACAACCGGAACCUCGCAGCCUUCUCGCCGUAUCCAUACUUCAUCGCGGGAUUCUUCUUCCCCCAGCAGAUCUUCCAAUUAGUCUGGCUGUGGAAGCUGUGGAAGAGCGAUGGAACGCCACAGGAGAACGAGACGAUGGGGAGGUUUGCCUGGGUGUAUUCGUUGGGGAAUGUUUGCAUUGGAACCUGGAUGUUCUUCUGGAAUUCGAACGACCUGAAAACGAGCAAUGUCUUCGUCAUUAUCAACACGGUUGCGCAGCUUGCAUACAUCUCAACACAACUACCGCCCCUGGAUACAUCCUCAACGCCCAAUGUGCUCACGCAUAUCGUAUCAAAGACAUUCGCGGGUAUUGGAGUACUAGACCUGCUUCACAACACAUCGGCGGCAUACUAUCGCAACGUGCCUCCGAGUAGUCUUGUACAGAUUGCAACUGGGCUGGGAUUUGCAGCAGCGGCUGGAGUGAGCGAUUGGAUCUUCGGUGGAUGUUUGGUGUAUGAUCUGGUAGCAUUGAGCGUAGGCCAGGAAGGGAGUUGGGGUCGAUUGCUCGGAGGGUAUGCGGCGUUGACGGCGGGUAUUGUCGGUUUGCGGAAUUGGCUCUAUCCACGAUACAAGAAGUCACAGAACAAAUCUAGAGAGGGUUAUGCGAGGAUCAAUCCGGGUGAGGAAUAAGAGAGUGGAUGAAGCUGUCCAUUAAUUGUUGAAGGGAACGAAGAUUAGAGAACGUGACCG